AUGGAAAACAGGCUGAUGCGAGCACUAGAGCUAGGGGAUUUUAAAUUAGCUAGAAUCAUAAUAAAUGGUGGACAUGACUUAAACUUUUGUACAAAUUCUGGGACUUCACCGUUGAUGCUUGCUUGUAAAUUUGCAGCAUGUGAAAAUAAUAUUAGCAUGAAGCUUGAUAUCAUUUGUACACUCUUGGGGAAGAACGCUAACAUAAAUGCAAAAGAUAACAAAGGACGAACAGCGUUGGCGUAUGCCAUGCAUUCCAGAUGUAAAGCAACAAUACAAAUGUUAAAAAAAGAAGGACUUGUAAUAACAAUAGAUGCCAAAAUCAAUAGAAGCAAAGGUAACAACAAAAUUAUCUGGGAUAGUUUUGACUUAGAUGACGAGUAA